UGAGGAAACUCUCAAACUUGUAGGACAGCUAAAUCUAUGUUUGUGGCCUCUGGUUAUUAGCGAUGUCGGUAUUUAGAACACGUGAUGUGACACCUAUAUGGUGUCCGGUCUACUGUGAUACCUCGUCUGUGAUACAAUAAUGUACCGAUUGAGCAUCACACGGAAAUCAUUGUAUGGAAAGUUGGUGGCAUGUCUACGUCAUGUUGCCUCGUGAUUUGUUUUGUGCAGGCAGAAAAAGUAUGGCGACGUGGGAAGGCGAAAAAUUUCAGGAAUACGAGAACACCGACGAUAUUGAGGGAAACUUUGAUAAUAUUCUCGUGACACAUGAUCUCCAAGAUUGCCUCGACGAUAGCUUAGAUAUAACUAAUUUUGGCAGAGUUUACGAACAGGGCGCUGUAUUCGAUUACGAGAAGUAUUCCGACGAUGAUACUCCUAUCGAUGAAAGGAUACCUAGUGACAACACCACGGAGUCAAUACAUCAUACAAUUAGUCCUCAUGAGAUCCUUAUGCGAAUUCACUCUGGUCAUGAUGAAUUGUUGUCAAGUGAAUCUGCUCAUGAGAUUAUUACUAUUGAGAGCAAAGUUUCGACCAACAGCCAAAAGCAUAUUGGCCGAUAUACCUGUGAAUACAAAGGUUGUACUAGAACAUACAGCACAGUUGGGAAUUUGAGAACUCACAUGAAAACUCAUAAAGGCGAGUAUCGAUUUAAAUGCGCAGAACCAAGUUGCGGCAAGGCCUUUCUCACGUCGUACAGCCUAAAGAUUCACACUAGAGUACACACUAAAGUAAAACCCUUUGAAUGCAAUCACAAAGGUUGCGAGAAAGCAUUCAAUACCCUUUACAGACUGAGAGCUCACCAAAGACUUCACAGUGGCAACACGUUCAACUGCGAAGAAACUGGAUGCGUUAAAUUCUUCACUACUCUAAGUGAUCUCAAGAAACAUAUUCGUACUCAUACUCAAGAAAGACCUUACAAGUGCCAAGAGAAGGGAUGUGGUAAAGCUUUCACAGCGUCGCAUCAUUUAAAAACGCAUGAAAGAACACAUACAGGAGAACGACCUUAUGUGUGUACUUACGAAAACUGCAAACGAUCUUUUACCACACCUCAUAGCUUAAAAAGUCAUUUAAAAACACAUAAAAGAAUGAGUAACGAUGAAGUGAAACAAGAAGGAAAUCAAGAUGACAGCGGAAACCAAAGAAACAAUGAUCUAUUAAAGUCGGAUAUCAAUGUUGUAGAAGUAGCUACUAAGAAUUCAAGUGUGCCAUCAUACUCUCUUAUUCCAAUAUCCUCUAGAAGUUCACAAAUCAACGAAAAUGUCACUUACUUGUCUACAGAUAAUGCGGACAAUCAUUCGACACCUACGGAUGAUAUGAUAGACAUUUUAAGUCGGAAAGGACUUAAUCAAGACCUUGAUUACAAUAUCAACCCUAAAGAGUUGAAUAGACCAAGUGAGACUGCAACAGUUACCAUCCUGACGUCAGAGAACAUUAUUAUAAAUAAUUUUAAUGAACAUGAGAUUGAUAAUUUUAAUAACAACGAGAGCUACGACAAAUUUAAGAUAUUCACAGAAAUAAAUCAUUCGAAUUUACCACGCGAGCAGAGCCAACAAUAUACAUCAGAGACUACAACGCUAGAGAUAGAGAAUAAAACAAACAACGUGAAAAACACAAACUCCAUAAAUUUGGAGCAGAAAAUUAUACAGGAUGGCUUGCAGAACGCUAUAGCUCAUAUAUCGGAAGGAGCCGACUUUACAAGUGAUGUCCAACAAUGUGAAAACCAACGAAUCAGCAAUGGAUCAAAUCUGGAAUCAGUUAUCGACAGUAGCAGCGCAACGUUGUAUAGUGGUAAUUCUAUUACUAGUCAAGUAUCAAAUAUAAUUAAUUCUUCCAGCGAUACACAGCUGUUCAACAGUGGAAUAGGAAACCUGUCGUUUGUCAAUGACACCUUAGAAACAGAAAUUUCGAAUAAAGAGGGUCAGAAAUUAAAUACAAAAGGCGUUCAUAACGUGCCAUCGGAAGCCAUCGAGUUAGCCAUAGCGUCCGAAGAAGAAAUACCUUCUCCUUGGACGAACGUUAUGGCUUUGGCGACUCCGUCCACUUUGAGGACACAAUCCUGGUCGGAAUUGAAUGCUUUUCCCACCGCAGUACACUCGCUAGUCGAUUUAGUCGAACCAGAACCCUAUCCGUUACAAGUAGAAAAUCAACUGGAGCCAUUACAACAUUUGGACAACGCAAACUUGGUAGAGAGCAUCGCUACCAGCACAAAGAACGUUGAUCGCAACGCAAAAACUGAUAGGAGAGAAAAUAGUACAAAGUUAGGAAAGAACAGGAACAUUUUGCAGAAAAUAGCAGCCGCCACGAGCAUGUGCAAGUGUGUCGACUGCAAGUUUGAUCACCUGCAAUGUUGUCAGAAUAGCUCAUGUAGCAAACCACCGGAAAGCAAUAAAAAGAAUAUGGCCAAAGUAGUAGAGGAUGUCGCAAGCGAACGUUUAUGUAAUAACGAGCUCGGUGAUAGCAACAGUUGUUGUGUUGUUAUCUGUUUUAAAACAUUACAACAACUGCAGAAAGUAUUUACUCGCGAUUGCUGCAAGAGCACCAGCGACAUAACUUGUAGAGAAAAAUUGUUACCGUCGUUAAUGCAAUGUCAAUUGACAAGAAAUCAAUGAGACACGGAUGGAUUAUCGUGCAGCUAGUCAUGCCAAAAGAAACAUAUUUUUCGCAUAAUACAUUCAGCGCCGGGAUUUAUUAUUAAUCGUGAUUUACAGAUUAGGUUGCUUAGCUUUAAACGCGAUUUUUCUUUUUCCCUCAUGAAUGUUAACUUCGAGAAAUGUUACCUAGGCCGAGAAUCGAGAGUAUAGGGUUGUAUAUACAUACCUGAACCAUAUUUCAAGACUUUAUUAUUGUAGAUGCAAUAUUUAGGAGUUAUAAUAGAAUUUCUCGCGUGCCAACAUAUAUUUGUAAAUUUUUUACUUAAAGAGUUCUAAGUCUUUGACACUGCUGUUGAAUAGUUUAUAAAAGUGAAAAGCUCUGUUGUUGUAGCACACUGAACAAAUCGAAACAAGUGUCCUUUGUCUGAAAAAGUCUACUGCAAAGUAUAUUAUAUAAAUGUUAUAUCAAA